GCAGCUAAAAAAAACAGACCUUAUGAGUUCGGAACACUUCUCGGUUAAUUUGCUGCCAACAUUUAGAAAAAAUAAAAUAAACCGAACGAUUCAGCACAAAAACAAGCAUCAUGUGACGUUGUGAUAUUGGACACUGUUUACAAAAAGAAAAAAAUAGGCAUAUUUAUUUCUGUGCGUCUUCCAUUAACAAUAUUCCCGUUGGGCCUAAAACAUGCCUAAAAGAACUGAAAAGAUACGACAAUUUAACCUCCAAUGGAUAAAGGAAUCAUGGGCUGAAGGUUGGUUAAUUGAUGCCACUCAAGAAAAUAGCUUGCACAAUGCUUUCUGUAAAGUUUGCAAGUCAUAUAUUAGAGCACAUAAGAGUGACCUUCUCAGGCAUACAGAACGUGCAACGCAUAAAAAUAAUAUGAAGAGUCUUGUGCCAGAUAUCAAGCAACAAAAACUGACAGACAAGAGUCAUAUUACUAUUAUCGCAAACGACGACAAGAAGACUAAAUUAUUGCUAGCUGUUUACAUCGCACUUCACUCAUCCAUACAUAUUGAUCAUCUUACAGAUGUAUAUAAUCGUAUUUCUAAAAAUAAGUCUAUAAGCUUCAUCGUAUUAAGUGUUCACUUCUAAUUAAAAAAGUCAUUACUCCAGCUAUUUUUAAAGAUCAGUUACAUGAUAUAGGAGAUAGUUCUUAUUCUCUAAUAGUCGACGAAAGCACAGAUGUAACAACAAUUAAAUAUUUAUGUAUCUGUGUACG